AUGACCCAUGGCUGUGGAAGCAUAUUCAGGACCACCAGCGCUCCUGGGACAGGUAUAUUCUCUGACUUUUCCAGCAUUGAGACAAUGAACAUCAGUGGUGUGGUCCAGUCUUUUGAGCCCACAACAGGAAAAAUUUCCUACAAAACUGAGUUGAUGUACUACUAUUCCUGUUCCUACCCCUUAGAAUAUAUGAUCAACUACACCCAGCUUAAUGUGUCAGCCACCUCUAUCAUAGUCGAGGACAACAAUGGCAGUUUCAUCAGCACCUUGAGCAUGAAGCUGUUUAGUGAUGCCAACUACACCCAACCACUGGUAAUCCCACAGUGGGGAAUUGAACUGAGGACCGAUGUGUAUGUUGAGAUCAAGGCCACCAACCUCACACGCCAGUAUAAUGUCCUGCUGGACCGAUGCUAUGCCACCAUUUCCCCUCUGUCAUCCAACUCUAGCAUCUUCAACUUGUUUGUCUCCUGCUCUAAGGAUCAGUUCACAAACAUGAUUGAGAAUGGAGACAGCCAAAGAGCUCGCUUUAAGUUCCCAGCCUUCCGCUUCAUCGAACACGAGAAGGAGCCUGUGUCCACCUACUACAUCCACUGCGUCAUUCGUCUAUGUGAAAGGAGCACCUGCAGCACAUUCAAGCACUGUGCACAAAGAAUGAAGAGGAGCACCCUUGAUGCUUCUGAAGUGGGCAUAACCAAGGCUUACACCAUCAUCUCUCCAAAGAUCAUUACCAAAGCUGAAAAUGUUGAGUCCAAAGAGCAGCCAAUUGUUGUAGAAAAAUAUAAUUCUGAUGUCGGGCUCGGUGUGGGUGUUGGUGUCCUUGCCUUUGCUUUCUUAAUUGCUCUCAUUAUUGCAGCUGUGUUUUAUAAAAGGUUCAGGAAACAUUAG